CUGCUGCCGGAGUACAUGGCCGCCUUGGGCGUAAAGCAGGACGACCAGGUCCAAGCCAUGCUGCUGGUCUGUCCCGAGCUGGGCGAGGCUGCGAAGCCACCGCCGCCCAAGGCGCCUGAGGUCUUGCUCGAGCAGUAUGCAGCCGAGGUGCGGGAACUCCACACCGUCCAGGGGAAGCUCAACAUUCAGCUG